GGGAGACACCGGAGUUCUGUGCUGUUGAGGCCCUUCUGCUAACAGCUCGGAAGAAGGUCUUAAGCUUUGAGUUUGCCACUGUCGUCUGUCAGGAAGGGCCUUCAUCAUUGCCCUGUUCAGGCUGACACGGAGUGGUGUCUCCGUGAUCGGGACUAAAUUACCGGUGACAGCGAGCUGGCCUGUUGUUUAUGGUCGCGCUUUACUGUCAGCCCGCAGUGCCAAAGUCUCAAAAUCUCUGCCGAGGAUGCCACAAACAAACAAGUCAAAAAAUGUCCCGGCGUCUGACUCUCUUGGUUCGGUCCAAGCUAAAGCGACAGCUGUGGAGAACCGGGCUGCUGGGGACGCAGGAGGAGAGGAAAAUGUUGGGGACAAAGAGAUCAUUAAGUCACCUAGUGACCCUAAAGAGUACAGGUACAUUGUAUUAGACAACGGACUGCGAGCUCUGCUCAUCUCUGACUACAGUGGACCAGCAGCAUUAGAGGAUGAAGACUCAGACGGGGAAGAUGAGGAAGAGGAGGAGGAUGAAUCUGGAGAUGAAACAGGAGAUGAGUCUGAGGACGAGGACGAGGACAAGGACAGCGAUAACGAUGAUGAUGAGGGGAAAAAGAAGAAAGGAACUGCAGAGAAACAGUCUGCAGCAGCUCUAUGUGUGGGUGUGGGCAGUUUCAGCGACCCCAGCGAUCUCCCUGGCCUCGCUCACUUCCUUGAACACAUGGUAUUUAUGGGCAGUGAAAAAUACCCAUCUGAAAAUGGCUUUGACUCUUUCCUCAUGAAACAUGGUGGGAGUGACAACGCCUCCACUGACUGCGAGAGGACCGUUUUCCAGUUUGACGUCCAGAGAAAAAGCUUCAAAGAAGCUCUUGACAGGUGGGCGCAGUUCUUCAUCUGCCCCCUGAUGAUCCGAGAUGCCAUCGACAGAGAAGUGGAGGCCGUUGAUAGCGAGUACCAGCUAGCUAAGCCAUCCGAUUCCCACAGGAAGGAGAUGCUGUUUGGCAGUCUGGCUAAACCUGGGCACCCUAUGGGCAAAUUUUGCUGGGGGAAUGCAGAGACACUGAAGGAAGAGCCAAAGAAGAAGAAGAUCAAUGUCUAUAAGCGGCUGCGUGCCUUCUGGAAGAAGUACUACUCUGCUCACUACAUGACCCUGGCUGUCCAGUCAAAAGAGAAGCUGGACACUCUAGAGGAGUGGGUGAGAGAGAUCUUCGGCAAGGUGCCUAACAAUGGUCUGCCCAAGCCAGAUUUCUCUGAUAUGCUGAAUCCCUUUGACACGCCAGCCUUCUGCAAGCUCUACAGAGUUGUUCCUGUUAGGAAAGUUCAUGCUUUGAAUAUCACCUGGGCUCUUCCCCCUCAGGAGAAAUAUUACAGAGUGAAGCCUCUCCAUUACAUCUCAUGGCUGAUUGGCCAUGAAGGCACAGGAAGCAUCCUGUCAGUGCUGAGGAAGAAAUGUUGGGCUCUGGAUUUAUUUGGAGGAAACAGUGAGACUGGCUUUGACCAAAACACCACUUACUCCAUCUUCUCCAUCUCCAUCACUCUGACUGAUGAGGGGUUCCUGAACUUCUACCAGGUGACUCAUCUGGUGUUCCAGUAUCUGAAGGUGUUGCAGACACUUGGACCACAGCAAAGAAUAUAUGAAGAGGUGCAGAGAAUCGAGGCGAAUGAAUUUCACUAUCAGGAGCAGAUUGACCCCAUAGAGUAUGUUGAGGACAUUUGUGAAAACAUGCAACUGUUCCCUAAGGAGGACUUCCUGACAGGAGAUCAGCUUAUGUUUGAGUACAAUCCAGAAGUGAUCAGUGCAGCUCUGUCCCUCCUCACCCCAGAGAAAGCUAACUUGAUGCUGCUGUCACCAGAACACGAGGGCCAGUGUCCCCUCAGGGAGAAGUGGUUUGGCACACAAUACAGUGUUGAGGACAUCCAGCAGGAGUGGAUGGAGCGGUGGACAGGAAACCUGGAGCCGUGCAGCGACCUUCACCUUCCUGCAGAGAACAAGUUCAUCGCCACCGAAUUCACCCUGAAGCCAUCUGACUGCCCAGACACAAACUUCCCAGUGCGAAUAGCCGACAGCGACAAGGGCUGCCUGUGGUACAAGAAGGACAACAAAUUCAAAAUCCCAAAAGCCUACAUCAGAUUCCACUUGAUCUCUCCAGUAAUCCAACAAUCUGCUAAGAAUGUGGUUUUGUUUGACCUGCUGGUCAACAUCCUGAGCCACAAUCUGGCAGAGCCCGCCUAUGAGGCCGAAGUGGCGCAGCUGGAGUAUAAACUGGUGGCCGGCGAGCACGGCCUGAUCAUCAAAGUGAAAGGAUUCAACCACAAGCUGCCUUUGCUGUUCCACCUGAUUAUUGACCACCUGGCUGAUUUUUCUGUCUCCCCUGAUGUCUUCAGCAUGUUCACAGAGCAGUUAAAAAAAACCUACUUCAACAUCCUCAUUAAACCUGAGAAACUCGGCAAGGAUGUGCGUCUGUUGAUCUUGGAGCACUCUCGCUGGUCCAUGGUGGAGAAGUAUGAGGCUCUGACAGCCGGGCCGACCAUCGAAGAGCUGAUAGAGUUCAGUCGGAGCUGGGGGGCUGAGCUAUAUGCAGAGGGACUGGUGCAGGGGAACCUCAGCAGUGCUGAGUCUGUGCAGUUCCUGCAGUAUGUCACAGAUAAGUUGCAGUUCUCCAAGCUGCGAGCUGAGGUGCCGGUAAAGUUCAGAGUGGUGGAGCUCCCUCCGAAGCACCACAUCUGUAAAGUCAAAUCACUUAAUAAAGGCGACGCUAACUCUGAGGUCACUGUUUACUACCAGUCGGGGCUCAAAGCUUUAAGAGAACACACAUUGAUGGAACUGUUAAUUAUGCACAUGGAGGAGCCCUGCUUUAAUUUCCUCAGGACGAAAGAGACUCUGGGAUACCAUGUCUACCCCACCUGCAGGAACACCUCAGGCAUUCUGGGGUUUUCUGUCACUGUGGAAACGCAGGCCACCAAGUUUAAUACUGAGUUGGUGGAGUUAAAGAUUGAGGAGUUCUUGGUUUCAUUUGGGGAGAAGCUCAAUGCUCUGACUGAGGAGGCCUUCAGUACACAGGUGACCGCUUUGGUGAAGAUGAAGGAGUGUGAGGACACACACCUUGGUGAGGAGGUGAAUAGGAACUGGGCAGAGGUGGUUACGCAGGAGUACGUGUUCGACAGGCUCAACAGAGAGAUUGAGGCUCUGAAGCAGAUGACCAGGGAGGAGCUUGUUUCCUGGUUUCAAGGACAUCGUGAACAAAGCAGCCGCAAACUCAGUGUGCAUGUGGUGGGAUUUGGUGCUGAAGAGAAUGAUGACGAGGCUGGUGGUAAAAAACAAGGAGAAGAGGACAAAGAGGAGGUUUUAAGUGGCUCUACCUAUGGCGAGGUUUCGAAGCUUACCUUCCUUCCUGCAUCACCCAAGAUGACAGGUGCCAUAGCCAUCAUGGACAUUCCUACUUUCACCAAAGACCUGCCCCUCUUCCCCUACCACAAGAUACUCACAUAGACUUGUUUGCAUACUGUGAAGACAGACAGAUGGCCAAGCUCUGCCUCUUACUGAGCCACGCUCAGGGACUCUGCUUCAUUAGAGGUGCAGGCAUUUAACAUGAGCAUCAACUCCUGCUGGUUUUACCCAAAACAAUGUCCAUUAGCAAGAAGACUUGAGAGUGAUCAUGAACUUUUAUUUUAACUAAAUAAUAACUCUUAAGUGUCUGUUACUUUCUUUAUCCUAAACUGAGUAAAAAUCUAUGAACCAAACUGUAUUACUUGGUUCUCUGUUGGAGGUUCGUGUUGGAGCCCAGAAGGAAUUAAAUUCCUAAAAAGACAAAAAAAGAA